CCUCGGAGUUUUUGCUUCGGCGCAAGGAGGCUCGAUAACCCAACGGAAGCAGAAGGGAGUCACGUACGAUCCCUCGUCUCCGAUCCUCCGAAUUAGAUGUCGUCUUAUCUCGCUUCGAUUUCCGUAUGCUUAUCCUCUCUGUGAUUUUUUCUUUGUAGAUCCUAAAUCGUUUCGUUUUGUCCAAAAGAUGUUGUAGUUUAGGGUUUGCCGAUUUGGGUUUUACCAUGUGGUGGUGCUGAACUAGAAGAGACCACCGUUUCUUGUAGUAGUUUCUGCAAGAAAUGCAGCGGAUUAGAUUGUUUCUCUGUCUUCUAUCAUGUCGAUUCUGGGGAAUGAACGGGUUUGAUGAGUUCUUUCACUUGGUCUUCUAUCAGGUCUUGUUCACUUGCUUUUGGAUCAUAUGUUUUGGUUAUAAUCUUAUAACAGAUUAUAAAUUCACAUGGGUGAAAAAUUGGGGCUUGGGGUUCAAAAUUUAUUUCGAGUUCCCCAAAUACAUUAAUUGAGAAAACCAGUAAAUUACAAAGCGUCCAUGAACUCUAGGGGAUUUCAAUUGGGUCUACAGGCUUCAAAUUUUGCUAAUUGAUCCCCUAAACCUUACCUAGUUUUGAUUAGUUCCCAUUUUUAGCAUCUCUUCAUAAGUUUGCAUAACUGCACAUCAGGAAUUGACUUUUCAAUCUGGCAUAAGCAUCUGCGAGAAAAAGUCAUCUGGCAUACUUGAUACUGGUUGGCAAGUCAAAUCUUUAUUGUUUCCUUGAGAACCUGUGGUUCGGUCUUCCCGUUGUUCGAGUCCCCUUAUAUAAUAUCUAAAGUUUUUGUGUUAGACAAAAUUGCUAGUGUACCCUUGAUUGCAAAAUGUAUUUCUAUAAUGUACCAGGGUGUUUCUAGAUCAGAAGGUUUACUGUCUUCAUGUCUUGGUUUUGAUUAAUAUGCAAGAAUAUGGAUAUAAUAGCAUGCCUAAAAUCAUUGCCUCUGCAUCUUAUGCCAGAGGAAAUGUGGUGACAGAAUUACAUUCUUUUUGGAUGAUAUAUGCAAUUCCAUUUUAUUACCAUAUUAGACGAGAGAGGAGAUUUGAGUUGCUUUAUAGGCUUACAUGUAUCUAUGACAAUUAACUUAGGUUUAAGCAUUUUCUGCCAUUGAUUAAAAAAAAAGAAUCAAUUCUUGGUUGUGGUCAUGAUAUAAGCCCAUCAAGUUAAUUAGUCAUUUGUCCCAUUUGGUGUAUGACAUGAUAUUAUGCUUUCUUUCUGGACGAGACUUUUCAGGUAUCAUGUUACAUCAGCAUGGAUGUCUUGGCUUUUGUCCCUCUGAAGGGAAGUAAAGGCAUCCAAUUGGAUGCAGUCUAAGCGAAACCCAUAUGAACAGUUAAACCUUUAUCCCAUUCUGGACCUGUUUGUUGAUUUCAUGAUCUUUUAUGACCUUGAUUCAGAUAGACAAGUCUUCCCCAAUAACAUAUGGCAAGGCACGGAAAAGUAUCAGUUUCAGCAUUGCUAUGUGACAAUCAAUGAGCACCACACUGCUGGGAUGAUGCUAUUUUUAGUCGAUCAUUUACAAGAUUUAUCAGAAACAGGAAUGCGUCUGCAAGCAAAGUCUCCAGAUCCUCCUAUUAGACAAGGUCUUGCUGCAGCAGGGCCGACACCUGAUGAUACAAAGCCAAAGAAGAAGAUCUGCUGUGCCUGCCCAGACACAAAGAAGCUGAGAGACGAAUGCAUUGUGGAGCAUGGAGAGGCUGCAUGCCAAAAAUGGAUCCAAGCUCAUCUACAAUGCCUUCGUGCAGAGGGUUUCAAGGUCUGAUGCUUCAUAAGAGGAAGUCUGAAGUUGGAAGGCAUUAACAUCAUGAUUUGUGUCAUGGAUACUUGAUACUGAAGUUGACCUGAUCAAUACAGGAAGUUUUCUCCGAGAUAGAAGCGUCCAGAUAAUUAUAACUGGCGUCACCUUAGAAGGUGUUUUGCUACUCUUGCUGUCUUACAGGUUCCUUUUAGGAUUAAUGGAAUUAGAAAUACAAACUCAAUUUGAUCAGAACCUCUUCUUGCUAUAUGACACAUCUCCUUGCUGGAGUUUCUAAAGCUCACCCAAAGACGAAGCAAUAUUGUUUGGUUAUAAGUUGCUUGCUAAGCAGUUGUGUAAUCAUAAAUCCUUCUAUGAAAAACCGUGUGUAGGUUGUAUA